AUGGGAGACAUCGGUGUCACAUAUUUGGAGUCCACGGCUGCAGUUAGGACUGCCAGCAUACCACCGGCAAUCUAUCCACAUGCACCAUCGUCAAUUCCGGCUGAUGUUACUGGUGUGGUUCAGUAUUGGGUCAAAUCCUUGAACCGGGCCCUUCAAAACAAUAGUUUUGGUGACCUUAGCGAGCUUUUCCACGAAGAAUCCUACUGGAGAGAUCAUCUCUGCCUUUCGUAUGAUUUUCAUACUUUCUAUGGGGCUGCAAAGAUAGAGACCUUUCUACGAGGUCAUCCCAAAGGUUCGCGGCUCAAAUGCAUCACCAUCGAUGACAGCCAUCAGCACCACCAUCCGUCCCUAAAACCACUUGACUCAAAGGGCGAAAUAUUGGGAAUUCGGUCUUUUUUGAAAAUUGAAACGGAUAUUGGGACUGGGAAAGGUUUAGUAAAUCUUUCACAGAAUCCAAACGACGGGUCCUGGAAGUCUUUUACUCUUUAUACCUGUUUACAAGAGUUGAGAGGGCAUAAAGAGACGAUCAAAUACAACCGACCGCUGGGAAAUAAGCAUUCUGAAAGCAUUGAAAAUGGUGGGGCGCCAAGAACACCAGAAGAAAAUGAUUCUCCAUGUGUACUGGUCAUUGGUAAGAGCCGUGUUACAUCCACUCACACUCUGCCUCCAUACAGAGGCUAAUAGAGAGUAAAAUUAGGUGCUGGCCAAGCAGGUCUCGCAACAGCAGCACGACUCCAGCAACUCGGACUCUCAACUGUCAUCAUUGAAAGUAAUAAGCGAGUAGGGGAUAAUUGGCGAAAUCGCUAUCAUCGUCUCGUUCUACACGAUCCUUUGUGGUGUAAGAGCAUUCCUCUUCCCCGUAUAAUAUUUCUUCUUAUUCUCGUCCGCUGCUAAUCUAUUUGAAAUGCAGAUAAUCACAUGCCCUAUCUUCCAUUCCCUGAAAACUGGCCUGUAUUCACACCGCAAAAUAAACUGGCAGAUUGGCUAGAAUUAUACGUUAAAGCUAUGGAGUUAACAGUGUCAACAUCCACUCGAGUGACUGAUUCGAAAUGGAACGGAAGCAGCUGGGAAGUUAGUCUUCUCGCCACCAUGGAAGAUGGAACAACAAAGGCACAAACACUUCAUCCAAAACACAUUGUGCAAGCAACCGGUCAAUCUGGGAUUCCGAAAAUCCCACAAAUUCCAGGAAUUUCGACGUUCGAAGGUACCCCGCCAUUGCAUUCCUCCCAAUUUCAGGGACCAUCGAAUCUCAAUGGGAACGGGAAACGUGCGGUGGUUAUAGGAAGCGGCAACUCGGCACAUGACAUUGCGCAAGACUUCUAUGAGCAUGGAUAUCAUGUAACUAUGGUGCAGCGAUCAGCAACCUGUGUUGACCCUACGCAGUAUAAAGAAGGGAAAGGUUUGUAUACAGAGGGUGGGCCAUUAGUCGAAGAUGCGGACUUUGAAAAGGAGGCCGAACCAACGGCAGUGAUGAAGAGAAAGCAGAUUGAUGUUACGACAAAUAUUAGAAAGCUCCAUACCGAAUAUUUUCAGGGAUUGGAAGCGGUGGCGUUUAAGUUGGAUUGGGGACCCGAUGGCUCGGGGUAAGUUAUUUUCGUUGCCCUGUUCCAUCAUUUAUGGCGGACCUAGAAUACCUGCUGGAAACUUGCUAACAUUACUUUUAGUCGAAAAUUAAAAUUUCUUGAACAUGGAGGGGGUUAUUACAUAGAUGUUGGUGCCUCACGGCUGAUUAUAGAACGAAAAAUAGCCAUGAAGUCGGGCGUGACGCCAUCGAAAGUGACACAAGAUGGGAUUAUGGCGAGUGAUAAUAGCUUCAUCCCCGCAGAUGAAAUUGUUUUCGCUACUGGCUAUCAAAGCAUGAUUUCAGCUACCGCAAACAUCUUCGGGCCAGACAUGGCAGGGCAAUUGGGAGAAGUAUGGGGUCUUGAUGAGGAAGGGGAGUUAAAGGGUGUAUGGAGGCAGAGUGGGCAUAAGGGAUUUUGGUUCGCAGGCGGAAAUCUGGCGCUUUGUAGAUGGUAUAGUCGGCUUUUAGCGUUGCAAAUCAAGGCAAUUGAAGCUGGGCUUUGGGCCGAGGGAGAUUUGUAG